UCGCGUUAACAUCUAUGUGGUUACCAGGGGAACGAGAGCCUGAAGUAGAGCUUGAGUGCUUUGCGUUCGCUCACCCAAAUGAGCGCCGGACAAACAGCGUUACUUUUGUAAUUCUGGUCAAUAGAUAGGUGUGCGGCAGCUCGAUGAAGGAAGUCAUGUAACGUCACAUCAGUGCAUUUGGUCUUAAAUUACGUGCCUUCACUCCCAGGUAGCGUUCGGUCUGUCGGAGCCACUCGGGGACGUCCUGCAAAAUGCCGUCACCACAAGUCCUCCAGCCUGUCCUGAAGAUGAAAGUGGACGAGCUGUUCCUCAACUGGUUGAGUGACACUACAACCCAGUCCCUGCUCAAAGAUUAUCUUGACAUUAUCAAAAGCGGACAGCACGUCGACUUGUCCGAUCGGGAUGCCCAGGACAAAAGGUCACUGACCUUCAACGAGAACAACAAUGUGGCUUCCCAGAAGAACCUGGCGGAGAAGAAGCCCCUUCCCCUCAGUACUCCUUCCAGCCCCCCAUCUGCCAGCACACUACCCUCGGGCAGUAGCUGCAAUACCAGAGUGAGCGGACCCAAUGCCAGGGUACUACGGAGGUCUGUCAGCACAAAAAAGGCCCAGGUGAGGACGCAGGAGCCCGUCACCACAGCGCUGAGUGAAAGCAUUCCAAAGUUCUACUUCCCGCAGGGCCGGCCCCAAGCCAACGUCAACGUCGACAGCCUCAUUUCCAAAAUUGAGAAAAUAUUUUCCCAAUUCCCAAAUGAAAGGGCCACCAUUGAGGACAUGGGGAAGGUCGCCAAGGCCUGUGAGUGUCCGCUCUACUGGAAAAUGCCAUUGUUCUGCUUGGCUGGAGGCGACAGGACCGGCUUCGUGUCCGUUCACAAGUUUGUGGCUAUGUGGAGAAAAACUCUGCAGACCUGUCACGAUGACGCUUCGAAAUUCGUGCACCUCCUGGCCAAGCCUGGAUGUAAAUACCUGGAACAAGACGACCUUAUUCCAUUCCUGCAGGAUGUGGUGAACUCCCACGCAGGCCUGGCCUUCCUAAAGGAGGCGCCGGACUUCCACUCGCGAUACAUCACCACGGUGAUUCAGAGGAUAUUCUACAAUGUGAACCGUUCAUGGACUGGAAAGAUAACGUGUUCUGAGCUCAGGAGAAGCAACUUUCUUCAGAAUUUGGCAUUGCUGGAGCAGGAACAAGAUGUGAACCAGCUGACAGAGUUCUUCUCCUAUGAACAUUUCUACGUUAUCUACUGCAAGUUCUGGGAGCUGGACACCGACCACGACCUCUACAUAGACCAGAAGGACCUGGAACAGCACAACGACCAAGCCAUCUCCAACAAGAUGAUUGAGAGACUAUUCUCAGGAACUGUAACAAGAGACAGGAAGGUGCACAAAGAGGGGCGGCUGAGUUACGCCGACUUUGUCUGGUUUCUCAUUUCUGAGGAAGACAAGAAGACCGACACCAGUAUAGAGUACUGGUUCCGCUGCAUGGACCUGGACGGGGACGGCGUGCUCAGCAUGUACGAGCUGGAAUACUUCUACGAGGAUCAGUGCCAAAGGCUGGAGACCAUGGCCAUCGAGCCCCUUCCCUUCGAGGACUGCCUGUGCCAAAUGCUUGACCUUGUCAAACCUGAGGUCGAAGGUAAGAUCACGCUGCGGGACCUCAAACGGUGCAAGUUGUCUCACGUCUUCUUCGACACCUUCUUCAACAUCGAGAAGUACCUGGACCACGAGCAGAAGGACCCGUUCUCUAUCAUACGAGAGCUGGAGACGGACGGACAGGAGGUGUCUGACUGGGAGAAAUAUGCCGCGGAGGAGUAUGACAUCCUGGUGGCUGAGGAGGCCGCCAACGAUCAGUGCAACGACGCGUUCGAUAAUCGCUUGAGCCCCUUGGGGCAGCACAUCACCGCUGAGCUGGGUCCGACAAAGAGACACUUCUUUGCCAUCCCCAGUCCACACUGCAACCUGGACCUGGAUGAAUACGAGUAUGAAGAUGACUUUGAGUGACGCUCUCCACCCGCCGUCCACCAAACAUUUGGCGGAGGUGUUUUAUUCUCACACGAGCAGGCGGUCGCUUCGUCCCCAAAACGUCAACGCUGACAAAGGUUUGUAAACCCUCUGUAUCAAUGCUCGGGGCGAGUUUUACUUCCGCUCCAACAUCGGUACUGUGUAACCACAUCCACACGCGCCUCAUCACAGAGGAGCUCCCUGCAUCGUUGGACAGGAACCAAAGUAGAUUCCGCUUUUUGGACCGGGUGUCGUCUGAAGGCAUUGGCUGAUGUCACAUUCCAGUGAUGCCAACGGAAAAGGUUUCUACAGUCUGUCAGAUUCAUUCACGGUUAUCUGUUGGAAGGAGAAGCGGCUGUAAGUGCCAAACAAGUCACCCAUGAGCCUG